CGCAGGGGCCCGGCCUCGGCGGCGGCGGCGGCGGCGGCGCCCGGCCCCCUCCCCCGGCGCCGGCCAAGUGAGGCGGUGAUGCGGGCGCUGGCGGCCCCGGCUGCGCCGAGAGCGGAGACACAGGCUCAAGAUGGCAGAUUCCGACUGAGGCUGGGGGGGCCGAGCUCGCGCGCCGCGUUCCCUUCUCCGUUGCCAUGAACCGCGGACACCCCGGCCCCGAUGGCCCCCGUGUACGAAGGUAUGGCCUCACAUGUGCAAGUCUUCUCCCCUCACACCCUUCAAUCAAGUGCCUUCUGUAGUGUGAAGAAACUGAAAGUGGAGCCGAGUUCCGCCUGGGACAUGACUGGGUACGGCUCCCACAGCAAAGUGUACAGCCAGAGCAAGAACAUCCCGCCUUCUCAGCCAGCCACCACAACCGUCAGCACCUCCUUGCCGAUCCCAAACCCAAGCCUACCUUACGAGCAGACCAUCAUCUUCCCAGGAAGCACCGGGCACAUAGUCGUAACAUCAGCAAGUAGCACUUCUGUCACCGGGCAAGUCCUCGGCGGACCACACAACCUGAUGCGUCGCAGCACUGUGAGCCUUCUCGAUACCUACCAAAAAUGUGGACUCAAGCGUAAGAGUGAGGAGAUUGAGAACACGAGCAGCGUGCAGAUCAUAGAAGAGCAUCCACCCAUGAUUCAGAAUAACGCCAGUGGGGCCACUGUAGCCACUGCCACCACAUCGACUGCCACCUCCAAAAACAGUGGCUCCAACAGCGAGGGUGAUUACCAGCUGGUCCAGCAUGAGGUGCUGUGUUCCAUGACCAACACUUAUGAAGUUUUAGAAUUCCUGGGCCGAGGGACGUUUGGGCAAGUGGUCAAGUGCUGGAAACGGGGCACCAAUGAGAUCGUGGCCAUCAAAAUCCUGAAGAACCACCCGUCAUAUGCCCGGCAGGGUCAGAUCGAGGUGAGCAUCCUGGCCCGCUUGAGCACAGAGAGCGCCGACGACUACAACUUUGUCCGUGCCUACGAGUGUUUCCAGCACAAGAACCACACGUGCUUGGUCUUUGAGAUGUUGGAGCAGAACCUCUAUGACUUUCUGAAGCAGAACAAGUUCAGCCCCUUGCCCCUCAAGUACAUCCGCCCAGUCCUCCAGCAGGUAGCCACAGCCCUGAUGAAGCUGAAAAGCCUCGGUCUCAUCCAUGCCGACCUCAAACCGGAAAACAUCAUGCUGGUAGAUCCGUCUAGGCAGCCGUACAGAGUGAAGGUCAUCGACUUCGGUUCAGCCAGUCACGUGUCCAAGGCUGUGUGUUCCACCUACCUGCAGUCCAGAUACUACAGGGCCCCUGAAAUCAUCCUUGGUCUACCAUUUUGUGAGGCAAUUGAUAUGUGGUCCCUGGGCUGUGUCAUUGCUGAGCUUUUCCUGGGCUGGCCGCUCUAUCCAGGAGCUUCUGAGUAUGAUCAGAUUCGGUAUAUUUCACAAACACAGGGUCUGCCAGCUGAAUAUUUAUUAAGUGCAGGGACAAAGACAACUAGGUUUUUCAACCGUGACACAGAUUCACCGUAUCCUUUGUGGAGGCUGAAGACACCAGAUGACCAUGAAGCAGAGACGGGGAUUAAGUCGAAAGAAGCAAGAAAGUACAUUUUCAACUGUUUAGAUGAUAUGGCCCAGGUGAACAUGACAACGGAUUUGGAAGGGAGUGACAUGUUGGUGGAGAAGGCAGACCGGCGGGAGUUCAUCGACCUGUUAAAGAAGAUGCUGACCAUAGAUGCUGAUAAGAGAAUCACUCCAAUUGAAACCCUGAACCACCCCUUUGUCACCAUGACGCACCUACUCGAUUUUCCCCACAGCACACACGUCAAAUCAUGUUUCCAGAACAUGGAGAUUUGCAAGCGUCGGGUGAAUAUGUAUGACACCGUGAACCAGAGCAAGACCCCUUUCAUCACGCAUGUGGCCCCCAGCACGUCCACCAACCUGACCAUGACUUUCAACAACCAGCUGAACACUGUCCACAACCAGGCUCCCACCUCCACCAGUGCCACUAUUUCCUUAGCCAAUCCCGAAGUCUCCAUACUAAACUACCAAUCUGCACUCUACCAGCCCUCAGCGGCGUCCAUGGCUGCAGUGGCCCAGCGGAGCCUGCCCCUGCAGACGGGAACAGCCCAGAUCUGUGCCCGGCCUGACCCCUUCCAGCAAGCUCUCAUCGUGUGUCCGCCCGGCUUCCAAGGGCUGCAGGCCUCUCCCUCUAAGCACGCUGGCUAUUCCGUGCGAAUGGAGAAUGCGGUUCCCCUCGUCACUCAAGCCCCGGGAGCACAGCCCCUUCAGAUCCAACCAGGUCUGCUGGCCCAGCAGGCCUGGCCAAGUGGGACCCAGCAAAUCCUGCUUCCCCCAGCAUGGCAGCAGCUGACCGGAGUGGCCACCCACACAUCAGUGCAGCACGCGACUGUGAUUCCCGAGACCAUGGCAGGCACCCAGCAGUUGGCCGACUGGAGGAACACCCACGCUCACGGCAGCCAUUACAAUCCCAUCAUGCAGCAGCCUGCGCUAUUGACUGGUCAUGUGACCCUUCCAGCAGCCCAGCCCUUAAAUGUAGGCGUGGCCCACGUGAUGCGGCAGCAGCCAACCAGCACCACCUCCUCCCGGAAGAGUAAGCAGCACCAGUCCUCUGCAAGAAACGUCUCCACCUGUGAGGUGUCCUCCUCGCAGGCCAUCAGCUCCCCUCAGCGGUCCAAGCGCGUCAAGGAGAACACGCCUCCGCGCUGCGCCCUGGUGCACAGCAGCCCCGCCUGCAGCUCCUCCGUCACGUGCGGGUGGGGCGACGGGGCGUCCAGCACCACCAGGGAGCGGCAGCGGCAGACGAUCGUCAUUCCCGACACCCCCAGCCCCACGGUCAGCGUCAUCACCAUCAGCAGCGACACGGACGAGGAGGAGGAACAGAAGCAUGCGCCCACCAGCACCGUCUCCAAGCAGAGAAAAAACGUCAUCAGUUGCGUCACGGUCCACGACUCUCCCUACUCCGACUCCUCCAGCAACACCAGCCCCUACUCCGUGCAGCACCGCACUGGGCACCACGCCAACACCUUUGACACCAAGGGGAGCCUGGAAAAUCACUGCACUGGGAACCCCCGGACUAUCAUCGUGCCACCCCUAAAAACCCAGGCCAGCGAAGUGUUGGUGGAAUGUGAUAGCCUGGGGCCAGUCAACACUGGCCAGCACUCGUCCUACAAGUCCAAGUCCUCCAGCAACGUGACCUCCACCAGCGGUCACUCUUCAGGGAGCUCGUCCGGAGCCAUCGCCUACCGGCAACAGCGGCCGGGACCGCAUUUCCAGCAGCAGCAGCCUCUCAAUCUCAGCCAGCCCUCUCCUGGUGCUUCUCCUCCUCCAGGCUCAGCAGCACAUCACCGCAGAGCGCGCCGGGAGCCACCGCCGGCAGCAGGCCUACAUCACUCCCACGAUGGCUCAGGCCCCGUACUCCUUCCCGCACAACAGCCCCAGCCACGGCACUGUGCACCCCCACCUGGCCGCAGCUGCCGCCGCAGCCCACCUCCCCACCCAGCCCCACCUCUACACCUACACGGCGCCCGCGGCCUUGGGCUCCACCGGCACCGUGGCCCAUCUGGUGGCCUCCCAAGGCUCAGCACGGCACACCGUGCAGCACACUGCCUACCCGGCCAGCAUCGUCCAUCAGGUCCCCGUGAGCAUGGGCCCCCGGGUCCUGCCCUCGCCCACCAUCCACCCGAGUCAGUAUCCAGCCCAGUUUGCCCACCAGACCUACAUCAGCGCCUCUCCAGCCUCCACCGUCUACACUGGAUACCCACUGAGCCCCGCCAAGGUCAACCAGUACCCUUACAUAUAAACACUGGAAGGGGAGGGGAGGGGAGGGAGGAUGGCCAGAGGGGAGGAGGGAGGAGGGGUGAGGUGGGAGCCGGGCUUUUUAUACUGAAGAUGCGGCACACAAACAAUGCAACGGGGCAGGGGGGGCAGGGGGCAGGGACAGACACAGAUGAAACUUGAACUAGGAGGUGGGGGGACUUAGAGCAGAGAAGAGAACGUUUUUAAAAAAGAAGGGAUUGAGGAGGGGGAAAUCUAUGCUUUUUAUUUUAAAAAAGAAAAAGAAAAAAAAGAAAACGUCAGUAACAAAAAACACAGCUCACGAACCCAUUCUGCACCAAACUGGAAAGGAGAAGAAGAGAGCGACGGAAAAUUCUGGAAAUGGGGGGCCCCAGUUUUUGAAGAACUUUAUCUAUGAACUUCUCAAAGAUUAUUUUCAUAUGGCGGCAAGUGACAUUUAAGAAUUUGCUGUCAGGGACACCUGAUGUGGAAAUCCAAUAGAUUUUUAAUUAUGGAACAUAAGAAUUAGGGAUUUUUCCAGAACUCUAAAGGGUCAGCAGCCCUCUAGAAGGUCAGGCCAUGGCCUGAGGAGGCUGAUAUCUGGGGGUUGGUGUGGGGUUGGCAAAAGCCCAGUUCUGGCUCGUUUGUCAGGACUGGAGUGGGGGGUGGCCAGGGCUGACGGAAGACCCCUUAGCAGAGGGCGCAUUUUCUCUUCCUGAGCACUCUGGAUAAAUCCCUAAGCAGUGUUACUCCUCCGGUGUCAUUAAUAAUGUGUGUUGCAAACUUUAGGGGUUUUUUUUCUUUCCUGAAGAUUUAUUUUCUCUUUGAACCAAUCCCUAGUCACGUAGCAUAGGGCUAGUGGUCGUCGCCGACACCCUAGUAGAAUGUAGCAGUCUACACCCGUUUUCUACUUUGUGUUCAACUCCAAUGAUACCAAUAGACUAUUACUCAAUGUAAUUGCACAAAAAAAAAAAAAAAAAGUGGUAUAACAUAGGCAUGUAACCAGUGUGGUGGUCCAGGUGUGUGAGCACGAACGAGUGUGUGUGGGUGUGAGCGUGGAUGCCACCCUCCCUGUGUGUCCCUCGGCGCCGCCAUCACGGUUCUCGCAUCCUUGAUUUUACACCGUUCCCUCCUAGUGCCUUACCGACCGACAGACGCGGUGUGAGGGUUGAUUUCCAUGGUACUCCAAGAAGCUGACUGAGGCGAGUCACAUCACCUCAGCUCUUCUCUUGUGCUGUUGUAGAUUUUACUCUGGUCUUUCCUUGUUUUGUUUUGUUUUGUUUUGAGUUUUAACUUUAUUUUAAUACCUGUUGUCUUUUUUGAGCUGUUUGCUAACAGAGGGGCAUCAGGGAGCUGGCAGGAGCGGGGGGGCACCCGUGGAUCUUGAGAGAGACGUGGGAGAUGGAUGGUGGGUGGACAAAUUUGACUUUUAUCUUGGAGACAAAGAACAAGAGAGACUCCCCACCCUGCACCUUCUCCCCACUCUGCCUUCAGUCCACCAGUGGGGCUGGCUCUAGUGCUGUGGGAGCAGAGGUCCCAGCUGUGUUUGUGGAAAUGUUGGCCUUGCCUGGCGGCUACCUCCCUCCUAACAUGAAAGGGACAGAGGAGAGGAGGCCUGGUACCCAGCCCCAGGCUCUCAGACCCACCCCAUGUUCAUGCACGGCCCUGCCCCUCUCUCUGGUUCCACCAGCUGUGUUUUGCUCUCACGAUUCUGCCAGAUCCCUCCCUCUGUAGACAACCAUCAACCUUUGUUUGCUGCUGAAUCUGUCCUCACAUUACCAGGCCUACCCAAGACUCGACUUUGGCUUUGGUUUUUAGAGGGGUCUGGUGGGCAGAAGGUCGGAGGGACAUUUAGGAGGGUCACCAGGGGGUCUUACACUGCACUUUGGAACACUCCCACGGGCACUUAAGUUUCCAAAGAAAUUUGCCCUUUGCCCUCUUUGCACCUUUGAUACAUUCUGGAAGUUUUCUCAGGCUUUGAACACUGCAGGGGGUGGGGGUGGGGGGGAGUAGGGAGAGCUCCAUUCAUAGCAAAUUAUUCUUGAAUACGUGAAUGUUGGGAGACUCUGUCUGGUCACAGAUGGGGCUCGGAAGGGUGGUCCUAAUUGUCUGAUUCUCGAUGCUGAAUCCUAACCGAUCCCAAAGCCAAGUUUCCAAGGUGCAAAGAGAUGGCUCCUGGUUUUGUCAGUUCAUCCUCACGCUCCCCGCCCCCCUCCACAGUCUCCCCUAACCAUCUACUGUGAACAGUGGUUUUAUAGUGCUAUCCAGCCUGAUUCAGUCAUGAAGCCAAGCCACUACCUUAGCUGUUAGCUGUGAAAUGUAAAAUAACUCUGGAAACUCCCCCUCCCCAACCAUAAAUUCUGCUCAUCUAACAAAGAAAUAGGUCCCCGAACUGGAACCCACUUAGUCCAGGCCUUAGACUGGAAGGAAGGACCCCACGGCCCACUGGAGGCACGCAGGCAGCUCCCAUGUCCCCAGCAGGCAAGCCCAGGACAAGACCCUCUCCUUGUGGAACCACCAACCGAUCGGCCGAUCGAUACUCUUUACCCAGAAGUGAGGAAGUGCUCUCUGUCAGAGACCACAGGGAAAAUGGCCUGUCCGGAGAGAGCGGGGGAAAUGGGAGCCAGGGCCACGCCGGCCUGGAAAGUCCGCCUGCUCCUGACGUGCAGCAGAGCCCCAGAACAUUUCCUCGUGACCAGGGACAGAAGUCUUGGCUGCAGAUGAGACUCUCUUUGCCUUGCUGGGUCACAUCCUGAUCCCCUUGCACAGUCGACUUCCAGCCCUUCCCAGAUCUGAUCUCUUAGGGGCAAAGACAACAUAGCCUUCCAUUUUAAAGAAGCUCGUUUCGUCUACUUAUGUUGGAAGUCUCUUACUCUUUCACCUGAUAUUUUCUUUCUUUUCUUCCAGAUCAGGAAUGAAAGUUCCAUGCUGCUCAUAAAGAUAAUAUUAUUGUACUAAUUAUUUUGGUUAUUACCAUUGUAAUUAUUAUCGUUUUCAUCAUGUUGAUAUUUUAGCUGGGGUUUUAAAUGCACAUUUAUUCCCAGUAUCUUUGUGUUUUCUCUUUAAUAUUUAAACUUAUUUUAUUAUAUCUGUGAGUCUCUGAGUAGGCAGGAAGGACAUAUGGAUGUCCAGUUUUGUUAGACAAAAAAAAAAACAAAAAAAAAAAAUAAAAA